AUGUUAUCGCGUGCUUUCAAACGAGGCUCUUUGAGACGUCUUUACGAUCCUCGUUUUAGAUCAAUUACAGUGCUAUCGCUGAACACAUCGAAAACACCUUUACAGUCCUUUUAUCACACUCUUUCUGGUACCAAAAUUGCUAAAACCAUCAGAGAUGAGGCGUUCCAAAGAAUUGAACAGAUUCGAAGCGAGAUUCCUGCUUUCAAGCCCACAUUAAAGAUAUUACAAAUUGGCGCUAGACCCGAUUCUUCCGCAUACGUUCGCAUGAAGCUAAAAGCGUCAAAAGAAAGCGGGGUUCAUUGUGACGUGGAAAAAUUGCGCGAAGACAUUUCAGAAGCGGAAUUGCUAAACAUAAUUGAAGCUGUCAACCAAAACGAUGCCGUUCAUGGUCUUUUGAUCCAACUGCCGUUACCCAAACAUCUCGACGAAACCAAGAUCACUAACUCUGUAGUGCCCUCAAAAGAUGUGGACGGCUUCCAUCGGUACAAUGCCGGAGAGCUGUCCAAGAAAGGAGGUGAGCCACUGUUUAUCCCGUGCACCCCAAACGGAUGCAUUAGGCUACUAAAAGAGGCUGGUCUUGACAUAAGAGGCAAAAAUGCGGUCGUGUUGGGCCGUUCCGACAUUGUAGGUACUCCUGUUUCAUCAUUGUUGAAAAAUUUGGAUGCUACAGUCACUGUUUGUCAUAGCCGCACCGCCAACCUGCCUCAAAUCCUUUCUCAGGCGGAUAUUGUAGUAGCUGCUCUAGGCAGAGCCAACUACGUUAAAGGUGAAUGGCUAAAGAAUGGCGCUGUUGUUAUCGACGUUGGUAUCAACUAUAUCCCAGACUCAUCCAAAAAAUCUGGUCAGAAAUUGGUCGGCGACGUUGACUUUGAAUCUGCCAAGGAGAAAGCAUCUUUCAUCACACCUGUCCCUGGCGGAGUUGGCCCUAUGACUGUCGCGAUGCUGGUUCAAAAUGUACUACUUGCUGCGGAACGACAACUUUCAGAGGCUAAUAAGAUGCCAACCAUUUCGCCGUUACCGCUGAAACUCCUUGACCCCGUGCCUUCCGAUAUCGCCAUUUCAAGGGCACAAAAACCUAAACCUAUAAGCACGGUAGCUGCUGAACUGGGAAUCCAUACUAAUGAACUCGAACUAUUUGGUCAUUACAAGGCUAAAGUUGCUCCAUCUAUCAUCGACCGACUAGAUAAUCGCGAAAAUGGUAAAUACGUCUUGGUCGCUGGUAUAACUCCAACACCAUUGGGGGAAGGUAAGUCCACCACAACAAUGGGUAUAGUGCAAGCUUUAACGGCCCAUUUAGGAAAGGCCUCAGUUGCUAACGUACGUCAACCUUCAAUGGGUCCUACGUUUGGUGUAAAGGGUGGUGCUGCAGGUGGUGGGUAUGCUCAAGUUAUUCCAAUGGAUGAAUUCAACAUGCAUCUCACAGGUGACAUUCAUGCUAUCUCUGCUGCUAACAAUCUGCUAGCUGCUGCGAUAGAUACGCGUAUGUUUCAUGAGUCCACCCAGAAGAAGGAUACAACCUUUUACAACAGAUUGGUGCCCAAAAAGAAGGGAAGUCGCACUUUCACAGAGUCUAUGUUAAAGCGCCUCGAAAAGCUUGCUAUCUCAAAGAGCAAUCCUGAUGACUUGACAACAGAAGAAAUAAGCAAGUUUGCUCGUUUGAAUAUUGACCCUGACACUAUCACCAUCAAAAGAGUUGUCGAUGUCAAUGACCGUAUGCUACGUCAAGUCACAGUUGGCCAAGCUGCAACUGAAAAAGGACUCACAAGGUCAACUGGUUUCGAUAUCACAGUUGCUUCAGAACUUAUGGCUAUCCUUGCUCUGUCGAGGGACUUGAAAGACAUGAGACGGAGAGUCGGUAAUAUGGUCGUAGCUGCGAACAAAGCCGGUGAACCUAUAACGGCCGAAGAUGUUGGCUGUGCUGGUGCCGUUACUGCGCUGUUGAAAGAUGCUAUCAAGCCAAAUCUCAUGCAGUCUUUGGAAGGUACCCCAGUCAUGGUACACGCAGGUCCUUUUGCCAAUAUUUCAAUUGGUGCAUCCUCUGUUAUUGCGGAUAGAGUUGCAUUGAAGUUGAUGGGUAGGCCAAAAAACAGUGCUGCCGACGUUGAAAGCGGAUAUGUGGUAACCGAGGCUGGUUUUGAUUUCACUAUGGGUGGGGAGCGUUUUUUCAACAUCAAGUGUCGUUCUUCUGGUCUUACUCCAGAUACCGUCGUACUGGUUGCGACAGUAAGGGCUUUGAAAUUACAUGGUGGUGCUCCAGAUGUUAAACCUGGACAAUCUCUGCCUGCCGAGUACACACAAGAGAAUGUUGAUCUCGUCGCUAAAGGUGCUGCGAAUUUAUGCAAACAAAUUUCUAAUGCCAAGCAGUUUGGAGUCCCUGUUGUUGUCGCUAUUAACAAGUUUGAGUCCGACACAGAUGCUGAGGUUGAAACAAUUCAGAAAGCAGCAAAAGAAGCUGGCGCCUACGAUGCGGUUGCUACCAAUCAUUGGGCAGAAGGUGGUAAAGGUGCUGUUGAACUUGCGAAGGCUGUUGUCAAGGCCAGUAAACAACCUACCGAUUUCAAGUUCUUGUACGACACUGAGCAAUCUGUCGAACAAAAGCUGUCUGCAAUCGUACAAAAGAUGUACGGUGGUGCUGAAGUAGAGAUCUCUCCUCUAGCUCAGCGUAAAAUCGACAUGUACAAACAGCAAGGGUUCGCUAACUUGCCGAUUUGCAUUGCCAAGACACAGUACUCUUUAUCACACGAUCCCUCGUUAAAGAAUGUUCCUACUGGCUUCAAGUUUCCCAUACGAGACGUGAGAGCGUCUAUUGGUGCUGGUUACCUGUAUGCAUUGGCUGCUGAAAUUCAAACGAUUCCAGGAUUGUCGACCUACGCAGGUUACAUGAAUGUCGAAGUGGACGAAGACGGAGAGAUCGAGGGUCUGUUCUGA